AUGGUCUUUUUCAUCUGUCUCUCUAGAUCAUAUCUGCAAUUAUUUAUUUUUACAUUAUGUCACUUCGGCAACGGAUUAACAAUUGAAUUGAGCAAUCUACGAAUUAACAUGAAUGAAAUCGAUUUCGAAGAAUGUCUCAAAGACUCGCCAGCUUAUCGAAAUCAACUUCGACAAGCUACGAGUCAUAUCGAUAUGCUGGAAGAUCGUCUCGAACAGAUGUCCAAAUCAUGCAGUUCUGUCAUUAAUAUUGGCAAGACGUUUAUUCAAGAGUUUCAAAAAUUCCUCAAAUGCAUUUAUGACGUUCGCGAAUUGUUCUCUUCCGAUGAAGUAACCUACAAGAGUUUAGCGAAAUUUGGUGAAUAUCUGCGUGAGAUACAAGCUCUCUUUUCCGGUUUAUUUGAACAAACAUCCAAUAGUGUUUUGAGAACUUUAACACGUAUGUUAAAAGAAGAUAUCAAGAAAGUAAAAGAUCAAGGCAAAUUAUUCGAACGGCUUAGUUCCGAUUACGAUAUUGCUUUACAAAAAAAUGCCGACGCAUCCAAGACGAAAACUCAUGCGUGUGAAGAUGCGAGUAAAAUUUUAAUCGCUACGCGGAGUUGUUUUGGUCAUACAUCGAUUGAUUAUACUUAUCAAAUCAAUAUUCUUUACAAUCAACAUAAAGUCGAACUAGUGGAAUUGUUGUUGUCAUAUAUUAACAUUCAUAAAGCAUUUUUUCAUCAAGGACAUGAGUUAUUAUCUGUAGAUACUGAACGAGAUUUUACUACAAUCACUUCUCAAUUGACCAGAAUGCGACAGGAGAAUGGUCAAAAACAGAAAAUUCUCGAGAAGAUCCACGAUAUCAAUCAAAGACGAUCUCCACCAUCACCAAUCAAAUCUACUCGGAUUCCUUCAUCGAAAGAUAAAAGCAAACGUUCACUGCUCUUUUCAUCGAACAGAUCGACGAUCAAAGUCAAAUCAUCAGAACUUCAGCAGCAGGUUAUUCGACAUUUGAGAGAUUUCUGCAAUCUCGAUGAAAGUAGAAACGAUGAUAUGCCAUCGGAAAAUACUCUCUCUGUGCCCAAACCAAUUUUACCACGAAAUUCUUCACAACAGAGUUUAUCAAGUAGUCCAAGUGUACCUACACCUGGCGUCGAGCUGAGUAAAGAAGGUUAUCUUUUCAAACGAUCGCAUAAUAAAUUUAAAACAUGGAGCAGACGAUGGUUCACCAUUCGUGAUGGUCAGCUAUUGUAUAUGAAACGUCACAAUGGCAAUUCAUCGAAUGAUAGUUCAUCUCAAUCGCAAACGCCUCAAUCUAUUAUGGUACCUGAUUUACGUUUAUGUACGGUUCGUCCUGUGAAUGAUAACGACCGUCGAUUUGUUUUUGAAAUACUUUCGCCGAAUAGUUCACAUUUGCUUCAAGCGGAUUCUCAGACUCAAUGUGAACAUUGGAUCAAUUCUUUACAACUGGCGAUCUCCAAUUCAUUCAAAUCAUCAAAUGGUGCAAUGCAGAAUUCAGUUUCAUCUUCGCCAAAGACAUUGUACGAUGAUAAUUCGAAUACUCUUUUAACUGAAAAGGUCAAAUUGAAACAACAAAUGAUUAAGGAUAAGAUAGAAUAUGUGCGUUCUCUUCCGGGCAAUGGAAAAUGUUGUGAUUGUGAUGCAGAUGUACCGGAAUGGGCAUCGAUUAAUUUAGGCAUUCUACUUUGUUUGAAUUGUGGCGGUGCUCAUCGAGGUUUGGGCGUUAGUCUAUCGAAAGUUCGUUCACUUCACAUGGACACAUGGGAUUUGGAAACGUUAUUAGUCAUGUCAGAAUUGGGUAAUACAGUUGUAAAUGAAAUUUACGAAGUCAAUCUCUCAAGUGAAAUACCAAAACCUACGGCUGAAACUGAUGCUAUUGCUCGUCGAGCAUUUAUUGAAGCCAAAUAUGUUCAGAAAGCAUUUCUACGCCCUCUACCUACUGUCAAUCAAGUACGCGCGUCGGAUCGUAGCAUCAAACGAUGGACUGUUCGAAAGAGUUCAUCAUCGAACGAGAUCGAUCAUGAUGAUGAUGUCUCUAAAACACCCAAUCAACAAUUAACACCAAAGAGAACCGCGUCAUCAUCAUCGGACAAUGAUACUGAUUCAUCAUCAACACCUGCCUGGAAUGUGGACAUCUAUUUGUACGAGGCUGCUCAUCAACGAAAUGUCAUGAUGAUGCUUCAUGCAUUAGCAUUAGGUGCGGAUAAAAAUUUCACGAAUGAACACGAAAAUGGACGAACUCCAUUAAUUCAAACGAUAUUGAGCCGAUCGGUUGCGGCAGCCGAGUUUCUUUUAACUAACAAUGCUAAAGUGAACCUAGCGGAUCACGGUGGGAAAACGCCGCUUCAUUACGCGACACAACUAGCCACGAAAGGGCGAGGACCGAUUAUACUUUUGUUGAAACGCGGAGCCGAUCCAUUAUUGAAAACAAAUGAUGGCGUCGAUGCCUGUUCACUUUCGAUGGACGUUGGAGAUCCUGAUGUGAUUACCUGGUAUCGACUGGUUGCAUUGCAUGAACAAAUGAAGGAAGAAGAUGCGGAUGCAGAAAAAACCUAUAUAUCAAUACUUGAUGAUCCUGUUUACAUGGAAGAAAUCGCCAGAACGCCCUCGUUUUCAUAA